AUGGAUUCCGGGAAUAAUAACGCGAAUGCUAAAGGUAGUAGUCAUGUGGGGGCUUCCAGUAUGGGUGGCAGUGAUUCUAAUCAAGUAUUGCGUAGCGUUGCUCAACAGAGCUGCACCAUAGAGCAGUUCACCCAGAUGAAUUCCCCAGAUUUCUCAGGUGGUGCCAACCCAGUGAUUGUAAAAAAUUGGGUACAAGAGAUUGAAAAUAUACUGGCUGUACUGCGUUGCACUGAUGAGCAGAAAGUUCUCUAUGCCACAUUCAAGUUGAUGGGUGACGCCGAGCGAUGGUGGUUAGUGAUGAAGUUGUUGGAGGAGCAGAGGCCAAUACCCAUAGCACUAACCUCGAGUCGUUUUAAGGAGAUCUUUUUCGAUCGAUACUUCCCCACCUCCGUUAGGAAUGCUAAGGUGGAGGAGUUCCUGAGCCUGACUCAGGGGCACUUGACUGUGCAGUAG